AAGACUGUUGAUAAGAUGGAACAUCUGAAGUCGACGCUGGCUAAUGGAUUUAAGCGCUGUGGACUUUAUCCGUUUGACCCUAAUUCAGUAGACUAUAGUUCAUUGACAUCUGGAAACAUUGUUGCCACAGAUCCGUCUCCUCCGUUGCCGAAAUUGCCUCCAUCAGCCAAGACUGAUAGCCUUCAAGAAUCUGCUAUUGAUCAGUUAGAAUCCUACUUGUCACCGCCACAAUUGAAAUGUUUCAAGCAAAAUCUAACAACACGAAAUUGGACUGGACCGAUAGAAGAUACGAGUUUGUUUGCAGUGUGGAAGCGAAUGAGAAACAAUACGAAUGCAUUGGAAAAUCCUGAAUCUGUUGUUGAGACAGUAACAACAGCGCAGCUGUCAGAAGACGAAGAACCUCAGUUUUUGGGUUUUCCUGAUUCUCAAGCGAAUGACGCUGAUGUUAAAGAUCAAAAUUGUCGCAACAAGCUGAAGAACACCCAAACUACUACGGAUGUUUUAACCGAAGCAUUUCCAAAACCACGUGCAACACAGAUUUUCAAACCUAAGAAGAACAAAAUUCGUCCUCCUGCCGUAGCCACCGGAAAGGCUUAUAAGGAGUUCAUUGAAAAAGUUGAGAAACAAAAACAAGAAGAGGAGUUAACAAAAAAGAAAAAGAAGAUCGAAAAGCAACUGAAGAAAGCUGAGAAGGAAAAAAAUGUCCUCAAGAAAAAGUUUGACCAAUUUCUUCAGCGUCGAACUUAUUAAUUGAUAGAAAGAAUGAGUCAGUGUUCAGUAAACUUGUGUUCAGAAUUAAAUAAAACUGUUUCUUGAAUGCUAUGUUUCAUUCUUCAUUUAAUAAAAAUGACAACCUAUUUAUACUUACAAUCAUAUACAUUCAAUUAAAACGUUUUUCUCGUGAGCGAAAUUUGGAACCAUUUUGAGCGAAAUUAGGAACCACUUGAUUUUUGUGAGCGAAAUUAGGCACUUCUAGUUUCAUUUUCUUUUUUGCUAUGAGUUAUACAAUGGCUUACAAAUUUCGCAAGUUAUAUUUUUUUGAUUAAAUAUUUUACUUAGACUGUGUCAUCCAAUAGUAAAUUUCAAUCAUUGACUUCGCAAAUUAUUUUGAGAAGGAAAAAUAUCUUGAUGAAAAUUAAGUGCGCGAAAUUAGGGCGCAUC